CUCAUGAGGCCCAAUGGAGAACACUACAGAGGUGACUGAGUUCAUCCUGGUGGGGCUAACAGAUGACCCAGAACUGCAGAUCCCACUCUUCAUCCUCUUCCUCCUCAUCUACCUCAGCACCCUGGUUGGGAACCUGGGAAUGACCGCGCUGAUCCUGCUGGACUCCCAUCUCCACACUCCCAUGUACUUUUUCCUCAGUAACCUGUCCUUGGUGGACUUUGGGUAUUCUUCAGCUGUCACUCCCAAGGUCAUGGUGGGUCUCCUCACAAGAGACAAAACCUUGUCCUACAAUGCUUGUCUCACCCAGUUCUUCUUCUUUGUUGGCUUUAUCAUUACAGAAAGCUUCCUGUUGGCCGCCAUGGCUUAUGACCGCUAUGUAGCCGUGUGUAGACCCCUGCGCUACACCACCACCAUGACCACAGCUGCCUGUACUCGUCUGACCGUGGGCUCCUACGUCUGUGGUUUUCUGAAUGCCUGCAUCCACACUGGGAACAUUUUCAGACUCUCUUUCUGCAGGGCCAAUGUGGUUGAUCACUUUUUCUGUGACGCCCCUCCUCUCCUGGCUCUCUCAUGCUCGGACACCUAUGUCUGUCAGAUGGUGAUUUUCUUUGUGGUGGGUUUCAAUGACCUCUUUUCCAUCCUGGUCAUCUCAGUCUCCUACCUGUUUAUAUCUGUCACCAUCCUGAGGAUGCGCUCAUCUGAAGGACGCCAGAAGGCCUUUUCCACGUGUGGUUCCCACCUCACGGCAGUCACCAUCUUCUACGGGUCAGGCAUCUUCAUGUACUUACAGCCCAGCUCCAGUCACUCCAUGGGCACCGACAAAAUGGCGUCUGUGUUCUACUCCAUGGUCAUCCCCAUGCUCAACCCACUGGUCUACAGCCUGAGGAACAAGGAGGUCAAGAGUGCUUUCAAGAAGGCUGUGGGCAAGGCAAAAUCUUCUAUGGGACUCAUAAUUUAGUUGUGUAGCAUCUGUAAUAACACUGA